AUGAAACUGCUGUUUGUUUUGUCAUCCCUCACAGGUUCCAGUUUCACGGGUAUUUUUCAUCCUCGAUAUCAGUAUUCAACAGGUCAACCGACCAAUGUAGCUACCAGCACAGGUACUGCAACUGCGUCCGCCUAUAUUGCUGGGACACUGAAAUCAAAUGCGGUCGCGUCUACCCCACCAUCCACCUGCUCUCAGCCUCGAACCACCGUGUUUGCACGACCUGUCGCUGGGACCAGUUCGGACGCCUGCCUCCAAUCUGCUGUACCCACUGGUCUGCCUACCCUCAAUGCUACAACGGAAACUGGGCUGAGUGUCAUUCGACGUUCCUCAAUGGUUUCACAUCCUUUGCUCAAAUCCUCCUCACGUUUGCUCGCCAACGGGCCUUGUCUCGAACCUGAGCUGAACCCAUACCAUCCAAAUUCAAUGAUUGAUCAAAAUUCUGGUUCGGUAUCCACAUCCGACGCGAUCGAUCUGGAAAGUUGUAUUCAAGCCUCAAGUUUAGUUCACGGGCCAUCGGGAUCAGUAUAUGGCUCAUCGUCAGGACGUAUUGGAGCUGAUACAAAUGGUGGAUCUGCAGGUGGUUCCUUAUCGUAUUCCGCCAACCAAGCACAGCGCGCCCCCCUGUUGACUGCAGCCGCAACCUCGCUGGUUCCCACCGAGACCACAAAUUCACUACUGUGUCGGAACCGGUUUUUUGUCAUUCGUCCAGGUGCUGUGCGUCAAGGUUCCACGGGCUUAGUUGUUCGAGCUCGACGUCCGGAUGGUGGGGCCGCGAUGUAUAGCUCAAUGGAGGACAAUUCUUCGCCAAUGCACUCAACCCCGCAGUCCCAGCUCCAUCAACAAUCACAACCUCAGCCACCCUCCGAGUCUUCUUGA